CCCUCCAAAUCAUUGGAUUCAGGUGUUCAUUCCCCUACAAAUCAUUGGAUUCAGGUGUUCCAAUCACCUCUAUGGCCACAGGUGUAUAAAAUCAAGCACCUAGGCAUGCAGACUGCUUCUACAAACAUUUGUAAAAGAAUGGGUGGCUCUCAGGAUCUCAGUGAAUUCAAGCGUGGUACCAUGAUAGGUUGCCACCUGUGUAAUAAGUCCAUCCAUGAAAUUUCCUUGCUACUAAAUUUUCCACAGCCAACUGUUAGUGGUAUUAUAACAAAGUGGAAGCAACUGGGAACAACAGCAACUCAACCACAAAGUGGUAGGCCUCGUAAAAUGACAGAACAGGGUCAAUGCAUGCUGACGAGCACAGUGUGCAGAAGUCGCCAACUGUCUGCAGAGUCAAUAGCUAAAGACCUCCAAACUUCAUGUUGCCUUCAGAUUAGCACAACGGUGUGUACAGAGCUUUAUGGAAUGGGUUUUCAUGGUUGAGCAGCUGCAUCCAAG